CUUUGGUGGGGUUCGUGUGGCACUGAAGUUGCUUUUUGAUCUUUUCACAUUUGCUCAUUUCUGUAGUUUGGAAGAGUUUGUAAAGAGGUUUUUGUGCAUGUUGAGAAACAAAUGUGCAUGCUGUUUCUGCGUGGGAGCAGUGGGAUGAGCUAGCAGAAGUAAGAUGUCCUUGUAAGUCAGUGUUCAGUGCAGGAGUCAGAGGUUUGUCCUGGGCACACCCUUCGCCUUGUAAGCACUCCGGAGGUUUGAUGUCAUCUCUUCAUUCCUCGGGCAGGAGGUGAGCCCAGCAGGCUACUUCAGAGACAGCCAGUUUGCCACCAACCCAGAGCCAUGUCCCUGGCUGGAGUAAGCUGCCUGGUGACAGGAGCAGGAGGGUUUCUCGGCCAGAGAAUUGUCUGCUUACUGCUGGAAGAAGAGGAGGCACCGGCUGAGAUUCGGCUGCUGGACAAAGCCUUCAGCAAGGAAGCCCUUGGGAAGUUCGGAAAGUUCCAGGGUAAGACUGAGGUGAAAAUCCUGGAGGGGGACAUCCGGGAUGCGACGCUCCUGCACCGUGCCUGUCAGGGGGUUUCCCUCGUCAUCCACACAGCUUCUAUCAUUGACACCUUGGGCCUGAUAGAGAAGCAGCUGCUGUGGGAAGUCAAUGUAACAGGCACCCAGCUACUGCUGGAGGCGUGUGUGCGCUGCAGCGUCCAGCACUUCAUAUACACCAGUACCAUCGAAGUGACAGGCCCCAACUGCAGAGGUGACCCAAUAUACGACGGGGACGAAAGCACAGCUUAUGAGAGCAGCUCCCAGUUCCCUUACGCCCAGAGCAAGCGGGCGGCGGAGGGCUGCGUCCUGCGCGCCGAUGGCCGCGCGCUGGAGGACGGCGGCACACUGCUGACUUGCGCCCUGCGCUCCAUGUACAUCUUCGGGGAAGGGUGCCCGUUCCUCCGGGGCCACCUGGACAAGUGCCUCUUGAACAGGAACGUCUUCCUGCGCUUCUCCAGGGAGGAGGCUUUGGUGAACCCUGUGUACGUGGGGAACAUCGCCUGGGCGCACCUGCAGGCGGCCAAAGCCCUGCGGGUGCCGCGGAAAGCCCAGCACGUCCGGGGGCAGUUCUACUACAUCUCGGAUGACACUCCUCACAUGAGCUAUGCCGACCUGAACUACGAGCUGACCCGAGACCUGGGCUUCGGCAUCGAGCCCCAGCUGCCCAUGCCUCUGACAGCGUUGUACUACUACUCGCUGCUGCUGGAGAUGGUGAGCUUCGUGCUCCGUCCCUUUGUCAGAUACGUGCCCUCCACCAACCGCCACCUGGUCACGCUGCUGAACACCCCUUUCACCUUCUCCUACAGGAAGGCACAGCACGACUUCGGCUACGUGCCCCGCUACACGUGGGAAGAGGCCAAGCAGUGCACUGGCCAGUGGAUUGCCUCCAUAGUCCCACAGAGAAGGGAAUACUUGAAAAGCAAGGCUGCCUGAGGCUUCAGAGCUGCUGAGGCCUGCCAAACCUAGGGCCUUGAGCCAGAGGGCAGCUGAGUGAACAUCAGCAGCAGGCAAUACAAAGCAUUUAAACAAAGACUUCCUGCCACACCUUUAUCCCUUCACCCCAACCCAAAUAGUAAUUGAUAGCUCACUUGUUAGUUAAGCAGGCUGAUCAGGUUAACCGUAGAGUCAGCAUCCACUUCUACAUCUUAGCAUCACAGAAUCAUAGACUCAUACAACCAUACAAUCUGCCAGAUUGGAACAGACCUCCAAGCUCAUCCAGGCCAACCUAGCGCCCAGCCCCCACCUGGCUACAACCAAGUUCCAUGCCUCCUGCCUAAAUUUUUGUCCUGCUUUCUGCAUUUGACCUGGUGGUGUUCAAAAAACCCACAGGCAAUGGCACUUGAGGUCAUGAUUGAGUGGGCAUGGUAGUGUUAGGCUGAUGGGUGGACUGGAAGAUCUUUCCCAACCUUAAUGAUUCUACUCUCCUUGCAAAUUUCCCUGAUGCAAAUUCAAGCAAGGUCAAAUCUUCCAAAAAAUAAUGCCCAGAGAGAUCACAGAAUCAAUCAGGUUGGAAGAGACCUCCAAGCUCAUGCAGGCCAACCUAGCACCCAGCUCUGGCCAAGCAACCAGACCAUGGCACUAAGUGCCUCAGCCAGUCUGUUUUUGAACACCUCCAGGGACAGCAACUCCACCACCUCCCCUGGCAGCCCAUUCCAAUGCCAAUCACUCUCUCUGUGAAGAACUUGUGUGGCACAAAGCCAUUAGUCAGUAAGGCUCCAUCCACUCUCUGUGUUCAGAACACAUCAGCCCUUCUUCUCAAUCCACAGCACCUUCAAGGUUUUUGUACAGCACAGUUUGUGCCAGAGCUAUAAUCACACUUACAAAUGCAUACUGCUCAGCUACACCCUUCUCACUCAGCUCCUGCCAGCCUCACCAAACAUGCAGCAGGCAACAGCCACUUGUCUGCCGCUGAAAUCUUGCUCGCUUCUUCAGGAGCCUUGCUAGAUGGCCACAUGUUGUCCCUGUGCUCUUCUGGUGGCUACAGGAGUUCCUUUAGAGUGCAUACCCUGAUUUUGAGCCAAAGCUUUGUAACUUCUUCAAACAAGCCGAUGAGAUCCCACAUCUGCUUCUUGGACAUACAGCUCACCUGCUGAGAGCAGCUCUGAAAGAUGGGCACUGCUCUGUUUGCUUUAAGGUGGUGUGAAGGAAAGACCAUACCUGACUUGGUACUGACAUAAAUAAAGCACAUCUCCAGAGCUUGAA